UGCGAGGUGUGCGGCGCCGAGGGCGAGAACUGGAUCUGCCUCGCGACGCACAAGUGCCUCUGCAGCCGCUACGUCGCCGGCCACGCGAAGGAGCACGCGGAGGCCAGCGGCGCGAAGAUCGCCGUGUCGCUCGCCGACCUCUCGUUCUGGGACUUCGGCCAGGACGCGUACCUCGACGUCUUCGCCAUCGAGGCGCUCCACGCGCCCUACACGGCGCUCCACGUGGCCAAGUUCGGCGAGGCGCCGACGCUGCCG